CUGCAGAUCCCCGCAGAUGAGCGCCGGCAGCGGCGCAGCCAGCGAGGCACACUGUAACGUGGAAGAGGAGCAAUCUCAGAGAAGUGUAUGGCAUUGAGAAGCACUGAACAGCUGAGAAAACAUGGCUCCAAAUAAGAAAAAUGGCGUUCCUGACAGAUGGACUGACUACACAUCAUUAGGUAAACGGAUACCUGGUACACGAUUCAUCGCCUUUAAAGUUCCCUUAAAACAGUCUUUCAGACGUCAUUUAUCAGAAUCAGAAGUCUUUGGCCCGUUUGAUCUGGUGCGUUUGUUGGAGAAGGAAAGACAGCAGCUGGGUCUCAUCAUCGAUCUGACCUUCACCACCAGAUACUACAGAGCAGAGGAUUUGCCAGAUACGCUGUACUACAUGAAGAUCUUCACAGCAGGGCAUGAAGUGCCAAAUGAUGCCACCAUUCUCAGCUUCAAGAAGGCUGUUAGACAUUUUCUGCAUGACAAUGCAAGCAAUGAUAAGCUGAUUGGUGUUCAUUGUACACAUGGUUUGAACCGCACCGGUUAUUUAAUAUGUCGAUACCUAAUCGAUGUCGACGGGAUGAUGCCGCAAAAAGCAAUUAAUUUGUUUAAUGAAUCAAGGGGACACUCGAUAGAGAGGCAGAACUAUCUUCAAGACCUGACCACGGGGCCCAAGAGAAGUAAUAAUGGGAUGGAUGAACCCGACCAAGAGCCUGUUCGGGGGCUUGCGAAUCUGGCGCUAAACGAGGCUCCUUCUCAUCAGCGGGAACUGAAUAACUACAAUCAGAGAUCAUACGAGCGGCACAGGGACAACCGGGAGGACUUUUUCCCGUUUCACCAGAGAAACAGCAUGCCUCGGUUUGGGCCUCCAGAACAUCAGUCUUUCCGUCCGCCACCGUUUACUCAUCCACCACCAGAAAGAAGAUCUUAUUAUCCCAACCAGAGCCUCAGUGGAUUUCACUGCAGUCCUUCAAACCAGUAUCCGCCUCCGUUUCCCUCUUACAGGUUUGGAGAACCGUACCAUCACCCAUAUUUACCUGCGCCAGAGCCCACGAGACCUCCAGGAUCUCACCGCAAACAUCGGCAUCGAUAUAGGAAGGACAAAACACAUCGCUGAAAAGGCAGAAAAUGAAGCUGGUGUCUAAAAGAGUUGUGGUUUAUUGAGCUCUGCCAGCUGAUAACACUUUCUUUUAUAUUGGGUCAUUUUAUGCAGCAAAUGCAUAUAUUAGAGUCAAAAAGAUAAACUACUUGGUUAAAAUGAGCUGAAACAACACACUAUUUAUAGUUUUCUUUUGUUUUUGGGACAACUUAAUUGUUUUAAUUUGUAAACAAUUAAGAGUAACACUUUACGCUGGAAUUAAUGCUGGGUUCCACACAAUUCCAUCAUGUUUUCCAGACACAAGCCUAGUUAACUCUAGUUUUUACACCUUUAAGUCGAUUGAACAUUAAAAAAUUAAGUUGUCCCCCUAAAAAAACUUAUUUUAAAUGAGUAGUUUAAACAAGUAGCCAUAUUUUGUGUAGAAUAAUGGUCCAUUAGUUAACUUUUAAUGUAUUUACUAACAUUAACUUGGUAUAAAUGAUCUUGUAAAGCAUUUGUUAAUCAUAGUUUAACAUUUAUUAAUGCAUUAUUGACAUCAAAAUUCAUGCUUGUUCUCAUUAGUUAAUGCACCAAUGUGAGUUUACAUGAUCUAAAGUUAUUUAACUUGACGUUAACAAAAGUUAAACAAAUGUAUUACUAAUUGUUUGUUCCUGUUCGUAAAUACAUUAACUAAUAGAUCAUUAUUUUAAAGUGUUACCCGAACUUAAUUGAUUUGUGUUGGGACGACGUGAAUUGUGUGGAACCCAGCAUUUAUUUUACACUAAAAUAUAUAUAUAUAUAUUCCUGCAUGUUCAAACUACUAAUUUAAAAUGAGCUUAAACAACACAAUUAUGGAGAUUUAUUUUGGCGAGGAAACUUAUUUUUUUUUAUGUUCAAUCCACUUAAAUUUGUUAUGUUGCUUUUAAUGGAUUUGUGUUUGGACUAGUGUUGUCAUGAUACUGAAAUUCGGUACCAAGCGAUACUGAAGUUUUAAAAACGUGCAUUUCCCGCUAAUAUUUGAGCACUGUUGAGCACCUUCCUAAACAGCGCUGAUUCGCCAUUGUGUUCUCGUGCUCAACAGUAAUGACUGUGAUUGGCCGUGAAGCUCAUCAGUUCAUCGAACUCACUGCUGUUUACUGAGUGUAGCCACAGAUACAGGGACACUGGAGCAUUUUAAAGCAGCGAUUCAUCAGCGGAUCGCUCAUAUGUCAGCUUAUAGACAAACCAGCUGAUUGACAUUACUUUAAAAUGCAAAUCAGCGCUUUUUAGGAAUGUGCUCAAAUGUUAGCAGGAAAUGGAGGUUUAUAAAACUUUUGUAUGGAUCGGUAUCGAAUUUCAGUAUCGUGACUACACUAGUUGGGACAACAUGAAUGUAUUAGUGUUGUCACAAUACUGGAAUACGAUACCAAGCGAUACUGAAGUUUUAAAAACCUCCAUUUUCCGCUAAUGUUUGAGCGCUGUUGGGACGUUCUUAAACAGCACUGAUUGGCCAUUGUGUUCACAUGCUCAACAGUAAUAACUGUGAUUGGCCCCAAAGGUCAUCAGUUCAUCGAACUCACUGCUGUUUUUCUGAGUGUAGCCACAGAUACAGGGACACUGGAGCAUUUUAAAGCAGCGAUUCAUCAGUGGAUCGUUUGUAAAUCAGCUUAUAGUCAAACCAGCAGAUCGACUUUACUUUAAAAUGCAAAUCAGCGCUUUUUAGGAACGUGCUCAAAUGUUAGCAGGCAAUGAAGGUUUUUAAAACUUCUGUAUGGAUCGGUAUUGAAUUCCAGUAUCGUGACUACACUAGUUGGGACAACAUGAAUGUAUUAGUGUUGUCACAAUACUGGAAUUCGAUGCCAAGUAAUACUGAAGUUUUAAAAACAUCCAUUUCCCGCUAGUGUUUGAGCGCUGUUGGGACGUUCUUAAACAGCGCUUAUUUGCCAUUGUGUUCUCGUGCUCAACAGAAAUGACUGUGAUUGGCCGUGAAGAUCAUCAGUUCACCGAACUCACUGCUGUUUACUGAGUGUAACCACAGAUACAGGGACACUGCAGCAAUUUAAAGCCUUGAUUCAUCAGCGGAUCGCUCGUAUGUCAGCUUAUAGACAAACCAGCUGAUCUAUGUGACUUUAAAAUGCAAAUCGGCGCUGUUUAACAACGUGCUCAACAGCGCUCAUGUUAUCAGGAAAUGGAGGUUUUUAAAACUUCAGUCUCGAUUGGUUCCGAAUUCCAGUAUCGUGACUACACUAGUUGGGACAACAUGAAUGUUUUAGUGUUGUCACAAUACUAGAAUUUGACACCAAUCUAUAUUGAAGUUUUAAAAAUUUCCAUUUCCCACUAAUAUUUGAGUGCGUUCUUAAACAGCGCUGAUUCGCUAUUGUGUUUACAUGCUCAACAGUAAUGACUGUGAUUGGCCGAGAAGAUCAUCAGUUCACCGAACUCACCACUGUUUACUGAGUGUAACCACAGAUACAGGGACACUGCAGCAAUUUAAAGCCUUGAUUCAUCAACGGAUCGCUCGUAUGUCAGCUUAUAGACAAACCAGCUGAUCUACGUGACUUUAAAAUGCAAAUCAGCGCUGUUUAAGGACACGCUCAACAGCGCUUAUGUUAUCGGGAAGUGGAGGUUUUUAAAACUUCAGUAUCGAUUGUUACUGAGUUCCAGUAUCAUGAUUACACUAGUUGGGACAAAGUGAAUGUAUAAGUGUGGUCACGAUACAGCAAUUCUAUACCAAUCGAUACUGAAUGUCUAUUUCCCGCUAACAUUUAAGUGCUGUUGAGCACGUUCUUAAACAUCAGUAAUAACUGUGAUUGGCUGUGAAGGUCAUCAGUUCACCGAACUCACCGCUGUUCACUGAGUGUAGCCACAAAUACAGGAACACUGGAGCAUUUUAAUGCCACGAAGAUCAGCUGGUUUGUCUAUAAGCUGACAUACAAGUGAUCCGCUGAUGAAUCAAGGCUUUAAAUUGCUCCAGUGUACCUGUAUCUUUGGUCACACUGUAAACAGCGGUGAGUUCGGUGAACUGAUGACCUUCAAAGCCAAUCACAGUCAUUUCCCUUGAGCAUGUGAACACAAUGGCCAAUCAGUGCUGUUGAAGAUCGCGCUCUAAUGUUAGCAGGAAAUGGACAUUUUAAAAAUCUCAGUAUGGAUUGGUACUGAAUUCAAGUAUCGUGACAACACUAGAUUGCGUUGUGUGGAACCCAGCUAACUUACUCGUUCUAUGCCCAAUACACUUAAACAAUUAAGUUUUAACUUGGACUAUUUAUGUAGGGACAACAUGAAGGAAUUUUGUGGACCCCAGCAUUUAUUUACAGUAUCUAAAUGCGCUAACACUUUACAAUAAUAGUUUAUUAGAUGGUAUAUUUAACAAACAAUGAACAUUACAUUUAUUACAUUGAUUAUUUAUGUUUGUUAACAAUAAUAUAGUUGUUUGUGAUCGCUGACAGUGCGUUAACUAUAAAAUAUUGUUCUUGUUAACUCAAAGUUCAUUAAUUAUUGUUAACAAACAUGACUUUAGAUUUUAAUGAUGCAUUAGUAAAUGAUUAAUAAAUGCUGAAUUGUUCUUGUUAGUAAAUACAUGAACUAAUGGAAGCUUAUUGUAAAGUGUGGCCAUAAAUGCUGCAGAUCUGUUGUCAUUUGUAUUUAAGCUCUCAGAGGUAGACAGUGAAUUUUUAUUAAGUGUUAAAGGGCUUGUUUUUAUUAAUUCUGUUUUUAUUUUGUGAGCUGAUUUGGCCUUUAGCUUAACUUGAGCAGGCUGAAACUGGAAAUUGGGCAGCCGUUUUAAAUUUGAAGGAAUUAUUAAACUCCAUUGCAAGUGCAAUUACAGGUUUUGUUUUAUUGUAUUUUGUACACCUAAUUAUAAAUCAGCUGAGAUACUCGAGCUGAUGCGUGUUUUAUUAAUUUAGCGUGGUGCUCAGAUGUUCCCGGAUUGAGAUGAAAUUAAAGGUUUAUAUUCAAUUCAA